AUGACUUCUACAAGUGAGAAUACAUUCGACUAUAUUGUCUGCGGAGGAGGGACCUCUGGAUGUGUUGUUGCCGGUCGUCUGGCCGAGAACCCCGAGGUCAGCAUCUUGCUGAUUGAAGCCGGACAGCACAAUAAGGAUCUGGAGAAUGUACAUAUGACCGGCGGGUGGUCAAAUAACUUCGAUGCAGAAACCGACUGGAACCUCAUUACUCCUCCUAUGGCGGGAGUGAACAACCGCCAAGUGAAGUUGAGUCGCGGCAAGUUCCUCGGAGGAUCAAGUGGAUGCAACGGCACGCUUUGCAUUCGUGGCAACAAGCAGGAUUACGAUGAUUGGGGACUGGAGGGAUGGAGUGGAGAGGAAUUCUUCAGGUAUAUGCGGAAGGCAGAGACCUUCCAUUCAAAGCCGUGGUUCAAGGCCGAUAAAGAGAGCCACGGAUAUUCAGGACACUUACACACAGAACCCCAUGAUCUGGCGCCCAUUUCCGAGCUCUUAAUGGACUCUUAUGUCUCGAAAGGCAUGCCUUUGCACCAUGACAUGUUCAGCACCGGCGAUGUUGCACACGGAUGUGGACAUGUCCCUCGCACAGUGUAUCGGGGACUUCGCACGACUGGCGCUGACUUCGUUACGAACGAGAAUCACCGUGCGAACGUCACUAUCAAGACAGAUACCACGGUGGACAGAAUAAUUUUCAGCAAAGAGGAUGUCGAGACCCGCGCUGUCGGCGUGGCUACACUGUCAUCAGAUGGCAGCUCCACGACCUAUCACGCCAGGAAAGAGAUCAUCAUCUCCGCAGGUGCAUAUUGCAGUCCUGCAAUCCUUCUUCGAUCAGGAAUCGGCCCCAAGGCAGAACUAGAACAACACAAAAUCCCCUGUGUGGUAGAUCUACCAGGCGUCGGAAAGAACCUAAUGGACCAUCUCGUAAGCGACUCCCACAUCCAUCCAUUCAUAAAUCGUCUUCAUGUUCUACGAAACCUCCAAAAAAACCUAACAACCGACCACCACGUUCACCACGACAACAACUUCGAAAAAACCUACGCCCAGUGGAAAGAAACCAAAACCGGCUUCCUCUCCACCUUUCCCUUCGGCGUCUUCGCCUUCGCCCGCCUCGACGGUCGUCUAAAAGACGAACCACUUUGGCAAAACGCCCCCCGCAAACCAGGCCGCGAUCCAAUGGGUCUAACACCCCGCCAGCCGAACAUCGAGCUCUUCAGCACGGAAUGCUACGGCGGUCCCAAACAAUACGACCAAGCGCCCGUGAAUCACCAGUACGCGUUUUCGAUGAUUGCGGAGUUAUUUGCGCCGAAGUCGCGUGGCUCGGUGACGCUUAGUUCGGCGAAUCCGAGGGUGAAUCCCGUCGUUGAUUGUAAUUAUUUGGAUGAUCCGUUGGAUUUGUUGGUUCUUAGUGAGGCUUGUAGACUUGGGAAUGAGGUUGUUAUGCAGGGUACUGGGACGAGGGAUAUUGUUAAGGGGUCUUGGCCGCCGAAUUUGAAUCAUCAUACGUAUGGAUCGAGGGAGGAGUGGGUUCCGUAUGUGAAGGAGCAUGCGACUACUUGCUACCAUGCGGCUGGUACUUGUGCUAUGGGGAGGAAGGAUAACCCUAUGGCUGUUCUCGACGAGAAGUUACAGGUUAAGGGCGUCGCGGGGCUUCGAGUCGCUGAUUGCAGUGUUAUGCCUACGUUGCAUGGAGGGCAUACUCAAAUGCCGGCUUAUGGUAUUGGAGAGAAAUGUGCGGAUUUGAUCAAAGAAACGUGGCGAAUGGCAGGUAAUGUCUACCCUCGCAUCUGA